AUUUCCGGGCGCCGCGGCGGGCCUGCCCGAGCUGCUGGGCGGGGCUGCGGCCGGGCCCCAGCUGCGACGAGGCGACCCCGCGGUGCUCACCCCGCGGAGCGGGCGGCAGAACCAUGGCCGGCUGCUGCUCGGUGCUCCGAGCCUUCCUGUUCGAGUACGACACGCCGCGCAUCGUGCUCAUUCGCAGCCGUAAAGUGGGGCUCAUGAACCGCCUGGUGCAGCUGCUCAUCCUGGCUUACGUCAUCGGGUGGGUGUUUGUGUGGGAAAAGGGCUACCAGGAAACUGACUCUGUGGUCAGCUCGGUGACGACCAAGGCCAAAGGCGUGGCUGUGACCAACACUUCUGAACUCGGAUUCCGGAUCUGGGAUGUGGCGGACUAUGUGAUUCCAGCCCAGGAGGAAAACUCACUCUUCAUCAUGACCAACAUGAUCAUCACUGUGAACCAGACGCAGAGCACCUGUCCAGAAGUUCCUGAUAGGACCACCAUCUGUAACUCAGACUUGAACUGCACUCUUGGCUCCACAGGCACCCACAGCAAUGGAGUUGGGACUGGAAGAUGUGUCCCAUUCAACGAGUCUGUGAAGACCUGUGAGGUGGCAGCAUGGUGCCCAGUGGAGAACGACGCUGGCGUGCCAACGCCAGCUUUUUUAAAUGCCGCGGAAAACUUCACCCUUUUGGUAAAGAACAACAUCUGGUACCCCAAGUUUAAUUUCAGCAAGAGGAACAUUCUCCCCAACGUCACCUCUUCCUACCUCAAGUCGUGCAUUUAUGACGCUCAAACGGAUCCCUUCUGCCCCAUAUUCCGUCUUGGCAAAAUCGUGGAGGAUGCAGGGCACAGCUUCCAGGAUAUGGCAGUUGAGGGAGGCAUCAUGGGCAUUCAGGUCAAGUGGGAUUGCAACCUGGACAGAGCUGCCUCCCUCUGCCUGCCCAGAUACUCCUUCCGGCGCCUCGACACCCGGGACCUGGAGCACAAUGUAUCCCCUGGCUACAAUUUCAGGUUUGCCAAGUACUACAGGGACCUCACCGGCAACGAGCAGCGCACACUCAUCAAGGCAUAUGGCAUCCGCUUUGACAUCAUCGUAUUUGGAAAGGCUGGGAAGUUUGACAUCAUCCCUACCAUGAUCAAUGUUGGCUCUGGCUUGGCACUGCUGGGGGUGGCGACUGUGCUAUGUGACGUCAUAGUCCUCUACUGCAUGAAGAAAAGAUACUACUACCGGGACAAGAAAUAUAAGUACGUGGAAGACUACGAGCAGGGUCUCGCGGGUGAGAUGGACCAGUGACGGCUGACCCUUCACUUCAGCCCCGCACAGCCCUCAUCAAAGCAGUGAGAAGGGAGAAACAGCUGUCGCAUCACCCGAGAGAAAGUUCCAGAGUUUAACUAUGCUCCUCCACUCCACACUCAGGGCUGCCUAGUGGGUCUUGUAUCAUUUUGGUUUUAUCAUUUUUGAGCCUGGGUCUUGCUUUGUGGCUCAGCUGAGUUUCAGAUUCAGGAUCUUUCUGAUCCAGCCACCAAGAGUGCUGGGAUUACAGAGGUACUUCACAUUCACAGUACCCUUCUCCUUGUGGGUUUUGGCAUUUUUUAAAAUCUUUUACGGUUUCACCGUACAUACCUCCACCCUCUACAGCCUUUUGUAGGGGUGGGGGUCAUUUGCUCACUGCACAUAGCCGACUCCUGGUAUGGUGUUGGCUGGGUCACCCGUUGUUUCUACAGUAUGAGCAUACUGAGGAAAUACAGCCGUCGGAGAGCAGACACAAAGCUGUGACUUGUGGGGCUGCCGUCUCCGGCGUCUCCAGGACUGGCUCCCUUGGAAGUCCCGGUCCUCUGAGGCAGAGCAGCUUUGUCCAAGCACUUUAUAAGGGAGGGGGUUCUCCAGGUGUCGCUGGCAGGCCUGGGGCACGGCUCCUCUUCCCUAUAACUAGACUCUGUCCCUUGUGACAAAGGCAGAGUUAGCUUUCCUUUUCAGAAGGGCUCUGUUGAAAUGACUGAGGACCAAACAUUAAAUGACAUUCCAAUC